AGGGAACGAAUGAGUGAGUGAGUGAGAACAUUAGAGAAACACCGAGGGAAGGGCACGAGGAAAGAGGAUGGAAAGCGGUGCAGCUCGGAGGGGGGCUCGGCCGAUUCGAGAAGGCUGGUAGACUGGUAGACAAGAGCAAGAAAGCGAGGGAGCAUACUGACUGGCAGACAGACUGGCCGGCCGCACUGUAGUUCGCAGAGCACUCCUAGCGAAUCGGCAGCAGAUGUGGCCAGUUAGCUCGGUGCUGUGUGCUCGUCCGGAUCUCGGAGUGCCGUGGAUUUCAAUGCACCGACCGAAUCCGCAGUCGAUAGCAGCGACAACGACCAGUUCACGAGCGUGACCCUCGCCGCGUGACGAGGGUUGAAAAAGAUGCGUACGUAGAGGCUUCGAGUCCGGUGACAAGUCGUUGCGGAUCGGAGAGACCCGUGGUAGAGAGCAUCGACGUACUUAGGAAAAGGUGGCAAAGAGGAAAAAUACGGUGUCGGGGCACGAUUAACGAGCAAGAAGAGGAUAAGGAAUCGAAUGGAACAGUCGGUCGCGCGCCAGCUCCAAGAACGCAGUGACCGUCGUACCUGUCCGUCGGUGGCUGAAAACUUGCCCGAUCGAGACUCGGUAGUGAUAUGGCAACGUUGCUGGUGGCUCGCGAGCGGAGGAGUCAGUCGUCGCUCGGCUGUUCAGUCGUAGUCUGUGUCUGACAGUGCAGUGUCGCUGUCAAUAUAACCGCGAGGGCCCGUCAGGGCCCACGAGCAGCGCGAAUACACCGCGGUGUCACGAUGACAUAUUUAAGAAGAUCCCGAACGAGUAGCACGAGUAUCGCAUGGACAAUCGCAGAGACACGUACAUUGCUUCUACGAUAGCGCGUUCGUGUAUCGUCGGGGCUCGAUAUCGCUGUAAAAUAGCCCAUGGGAGAAGAGAGAGUUCGUUCGCUCUUGAGAGCAGUAACAGUGCCGUAGCGUGUAAUCGCGGUGUGUCCUUUUUCCGAGCUUUUCAGCGUAAACAGUUCCUAAAGUGCGCGCGUUCUUUCGCGUACACAUCUCGAACGUCGAGAAACGAAUGAGUGCGUGAAUCGUGACAACACGUCGUGUCUCGGAGUGUGUACGGUGAGAGAGAAUCCGUCCCUCUCUUUCUCUCUUCUGUGGUCGGACUUUACGCCGUCGUACGCGCUUCUCCCCCCUCCCUUCGCGUGGCUGUUCCUUUCUCCUUCUCCGUCGCUCUAAGGCCCAUUUAUCUAUCCCGUAUCGGACGUACGUCUCCGUCUUUCGCAGUCUCUACCGACAUAUUUCGUCUGUGUGUGCGCUGGCAGAGUUUCACUGGCGCGACACGGCACGCGCGCACGCCGCACGACCACACGACACGACACGUAAACGAAACCGAUCGCCGAGAGACGAACACACACGGGAGUGUCAAAGAUCCGAGGAAAAAUCACAGGCAAUGGGAACAGUGUGUGCCGUGGACUGAAAAACAGUGCGCGACCGUUCGGUUGUCCCGUUCGUGGUGUGGAUCUUUGGGCUUGCUCGCUCGCUUGCAUUUCAUCCGGUGUGCCUCUGUGUUGUCCCUUUACCGAAGGAGGAAGAGAGGUUAGGUUAGGCUAGGACUCGCAUCACCCCCGGCACCUAUAUCCGUCCUUGUCUUGCGGCCUCUCACUCCUAUUCCCCCCUCUUCCUCUGACUUACGCCAAGAGGAACGCAGCAGCACGAGAGACCGACCGACUACCGCACGCAGGACAAUCGGGGAAAGAGAAGGAAAACACAAAUGCCGAUCGCCGGUGGAAUUCUGGUCGCUGGAACCGCGGCUCAUUGCCUGUCUUCCGCCGCUGGCAUGCUUCGAUUCCUCGCUAGACUUUCAGGGAGGCGGCGGCACGUGCGUCGGAGCUCCGGCGGGCCAGGUGGUGGAGCUCGUGCCGUUGAAGAAACAGAAGAGGCAGCGGGGGUGGGAGGCUUAGGCGACGUCGGCACCGAUGGAAGGGGAGUAGGAGGAUGCCAAGCGGUAGGAGCGAGCGUAAUCGAGGAGGUUAGUUCACCGGUGGCGGAUGGCGAGGUCUGCUGCAGCGACAGCAGUACCACCAACUACCACCACCGACGUCACCAUCACCUCCACCAUAUCCACCGUCGCCAUAGUCAUCGUCACCAGCAGCGUCACCGAUGUCACCAACGAAGGGACGCCGUAGCAGCGGCUAGCGACGAGCUCGUCGUCGACGAGGAAUCCGACGAUGAGGCUUCGUGUCAUGACCAGCCUGCCGACGCUCGUCAUCGGGACAUCCACGAGCUACGCCACCUCCAUCAUCAUCACCAUCAUCACCUGCGUCAUAUACAUCAACGGCUGCGGGACGACAGACCUCCUUGCGAUCGGAACGACAACGACCACGACGACGACGACGACACCGUCGAUCGCAUCGUCCGAACCACCGACCGCCACGCGGAUGGUACGACCGCCACCGACAACCCUGCCACCGUCACUGCCAUGACGAGAGGAUGCAGGAUCCCACCCUACCUCGCCACGCUACUCAUCCUCUCUUACACUCUCUUCGGUAUAGCAGACGCCUGUUCAUCGCGGUCGACGCCAAAGCCGCGGCCACCGACGCCGACGCCUCGACCAAAUAUCACAUUCCACAUGUACACGUGCCCACCGGAUUAUGCGGAAUGGUACUGCUUGAACGGUGCCACAUGUUUCACUGUCAAAAUCGUCGAUUCCCUCCUUUACAAUUGUUUAUGCGCCAACGGUUAUAUUGGGCAGAGAUGCGAGUUCAAGGAUUUAGAUGGUUCCUAUUUACCUUCCCGGCAACGUGUAAUGUUGGAGACAGCCAGCAUCGCCGGCGGUGCCACGAUAGCAGUAUUCCUCGUCGUUAUCAUUUGCAUAGCGGCUUACAUCCACUGUAAGCGAAAGCAAAAGGAAUUGCGGUCGAGUAACUGCGUCGACACGGUGGAUGGUCCUGGCCGAGAUCCGGAGCUGAGGCCGUUUAGCAACCGCAGCCGCUCCCUCAUGAUCUUCAUGAGCAAGAAUCCUAACAGCUCGGCGGCGAUAGAGCAAACGAGAAUGCCCGGAUGGAACUGCCCGGAAGCGGAGUCGAUGAGAAUGGCGUCCAUCAGCGAGGGCAAGCAUUCGAAUCAAUAGUAGCCAAUCUGGUGCCUAAUUCCACGACACGAAUCCGAGGUGUCCAAACACGUGGAUCGCUGACACACACGACACGUCGUCGACGGAAGGAAUCACGGUACUUUCACUAUCCAGCUUUCUGUCUCCGUCCAUGGACCACGUUUCGCGGCGGCGUAUGAAGAAAAAAAAUCCUCGCACGCGUCCGGGAUCCCGACGAUCGAUCGUCGUCCUUUCCAUACCCGACGAGUCCUUCGAUUCGUUUCGACGCUUCUCGUGUCCCAGGGAGUUGCCAGCCGAUCGUGCAUCGGAAACGCAAAUCUAAUCCACAGAGUUGAUCGUUGGCCAACGAGGAAUCGAGCUAAGCAAAACGUGACAUCGAAUCGAUACCGUGGAUCGGUGAAUCCCCGGCGAGACCGAUGAUCCCGCGAUUUACUCGCUGGAGAACAACGUACCAAUAAAAAGAAAGUCCGUAGCUUAACUUUAAAUAGCUGGACCUUUCGGAAGAACAAAGGACGAGGAAGGUGGAAGAAAGGGAAGCUUAAAAAUAAAACCCGCAGAUACGGGGCGAGACUCGCUAGAGAGAGUAUUAGAGAAAACAUCGUAAAUAAUUGUUCCUAUCCGGAGAAACGAAUAGUUUAGACCAGACAAUAAUAAUCAGAAAAUAAUCGCAGACGUAUUAGUGUCAGUGGUUGAAAAAAAUCUACAAGUUACGUUUCGAUGAGGUAUCUUUGGCGAAGUAUUCGCACAGUCGAACCAGUUUCGAAAUCGCUUCCCACCUGUUUUCUUUUCGGUUUCAACAUUCUGAUUUUUUUCUUCUUCUACUGAUCGUCGAAGUUCCUCAACGCGAAUCAUCGCCACUUAAACGCAAAAAAUAGAACGAUUCGCGCGUCCAGAAUACUAGAGAUACAGCGCUCUCGAAGCUUUCCGAAUCGUCGAAUGCGUUCGUAGGCGCGUUUCUCCUAAGCUCGAGAGAAUCGAGGACCAAGAACCGACUCCGCGAAGAUGUUUCGCCGUCUCGGAAGCUUCGUCGAGUACCAGGACCGGCGAUAAACGGAUUCAAUCGUUCGGCAACGAUUAUCUCGAACGCGUGAAUUCCUUUGAUUUCUGUUAAUUUCGAAGACGCAGACAAGACUUGCUCGCAAGCAGUUUCACUGUAAAUGUAUGUAUAACGCGUGCUGUCCAUUCAAUACAGACGUUAUUUAUUUAUUGGAGUCCUACGUGUUAGGUAUACGUAUUUUCGUCCGUUUCGUUCGCACAAUGCACCGCAGCCGCUCGAAAUAAUUGGAGAAUUUGCUCGACUAACUUUAGACCCUCUUUCCAUCCGAUGCGUCGAAUGUUCCAACACGCCAUGAAAAACUAGACCAUGUAAAUUCGGUGGAAAAUGUUGUCGUAUAUCGCUCAAAAGAGUCGGAGGAUCGAGCACUUAAACGUAACGUGUAGACUGCGGAUUUUAUGCAUUUAUGGCGCAUGCAAAUAUGAGAAACGUACGCUAAUCGUACAUGGAAUAUAUAUAUAUAUUUAUGCAGAUCAAAAUGCUAAUAUCGGUAUAUUAACUUAAAAAUAUUCAAAACAUAUUCUUCGUGCGUUUUGCUUAUGUUCUCCGUAUUAGCAUGCGUCAUAAAUGCAUAAAAUCCGCAAGCCAAUAGUAAACAAUAGUUUGGAAGCUACUAUACAAAGAGAAAACAUUCUAUAUUUUACGUUGUUUCUAACUUAGUUUUGUCUAAAAAAAAAAAAAAACUGUUAUUUCUUGUAUUGUACUAUUCGGUUAUUUCCUCAAGUUUGUGAGUUCUUUGAUUGUUUCGAACGGUGUGUAACUUAGCGAGAGCCGGUGGCGUGUAUCGAGAAGAAGCAAAGGCGCUCGGUGUGUGCCUCUGUAUGGUCCACGUGGAUGCGGGAAACAAGAGCCUCGGUAUGGUGUUCGUUAACUAUUGAUCGCUGAACGAAUCGGCUAAAUUCUGAAGACGAGUGGGGUGACAUCGGUGGCGCUGGUCGCACGAGCAGAUUUUACCCUCGCGUCCCUCGCUUGUAAAUAGUAAAUUAUCCGUGCAGGGGCCAGCCGUUCGGUUCGUUCUCCGUUGAAUUUAUCUGACGAGUAAGUUUGUAGCGGACAAACUACAAUCAUGACGCUCUCGUUAAGCCGUAUGUGACGCCUGUUAAGUGUGUUCAGUGUGACGUCCAACGACAAAUAAAUUUAUCGGGAGACGAGUCGGCCGGAUGAUAGGGUUGAUCGCUCGCGCGACGUAGACGCGGAAGACGCCGAAAAUAACCGCGCGAGACCAGUUGGGUUUCGAAAGACACCUAAAGCGAGGAGAUGUGUUCCUCGCGCGAUAUUUUCUCCUCGUCGUUCGUACCUAAGGGCUCGUUCGGACUACCGAUUUUCCCUCCCGUGAGAGUUUAGUUUUGUAAAUGGGAAAUAUUGGACACCAUCUCAGUUCACAUUCAUCCACUGUUGCCAUUUGAACAGUGUUCUUUUAAUCGUAUCUACUUCCUUUGUUAACUCUUUCCAAAUAACUUUUUUAGUUUGUCGAGCAGCUAGGUCAUAGCGACAUAAUCUAUCAUUAGUAUCAGUACCAAAAGUUAAUUUUCCUCAAAUUUAGACACGGUGUCACGGACCCAUACGCGAAUGCGCAUACCUGGUCUUACCACCUCUACCAGACCUCUACCAACUCUCGUUCGAGGGGAAGCCGAUAGCCUGAACGAGCACUAACACCCUCAAGAGAAUCUAUCUGUAUUCGACGGUGAUUUGUAUAUUUGUAGAUACCGCGGAGUGAAAGAGAAGCUUCCAAACGCUCUAUGCAUUGUCUGCUCCUCUUGUGUCCAACGCGUCGCGAUCGGUCAGACCGCGUAACCCGACUUAAGGUUUUAUAUCCUCGAACAGUGUUCCAUUUUCUCUCCUCGUUUCGAUGUUUCCGUGUUGCAAUGGAAAUUAAUUGGAAUUGAAAAGAAACGGGAAUCACAGGCGGGACGAGAUGGGUCGCGACCAAGAGAGGAGCGUGGCCUAAGAGAAAAAGUGUUUCACGGGGACGAUGCCCGAGUAAUUUAUAAAUAGUCCUAAUUAACGUGGAGAAACCGCGUGAUUCUAAUUUAAUUCCUCCCCCUUACCCCCACACCCUAGCCCCUCACGUCGUACGUCUCAUACUUUGUACUUGGUUCCUAAUUUAUUCUUAUUUUCGUAAUUAUUAAUUGUCACGAUUUAACUAUUAUUACUAAUCCCGAUCAUUAGUUACGAUCGAUCAAUUUAUUCAAUUUUUUUUUUUUAUUAUUACUAUCGAUCGUUCGAUUAAUCAAUUAAUUCCUAAUAACUAGCUCGCGUAUUUGGUUAACGAUACGUUUUAAGGACACGAUUUAUUAUUUAUGAAAAUGAAUAUGAAACGAAAGAACGGAAAGAAGCACGCAAUAUACGACGCGAGUGCCUGGCGAGCUGAACCGCGAUCGAGGGAGGCAUCGGGGCGUGGCGCCAGUGUUGUUCUCCAAUCGGAAAAGCCAUUUUUCCAGCUGAAAACGAUCUUCCUUGCAUAAAACGAUUCACACGAUUUGUCGAAGAAAAACUUAUCCGGGAAGUCUGUUUCACUAAUUUCCAUUAGACUAUUAACGCCUUAUCUACCAGGCCUAUUUAUCGAAUAUUCGGCAACUUUUGAAUGCAACUUAGAAGGACUUUCUGUAUUAGCGUAUAAGCGGAUUUCACCCUCAUUAUAUACAAAUGUGAGCUGUACAUCUUGUACACAUUGUAGAUUCGUCAAUUUAAUAGCUGACGUGUGAGUAUUUUAAGAAUUAUUUCACUAAAAGGUCGACAGACUUGUCUGUUUACACAAAUUAAAUACAGUAAAUUCAACAACCAAAACACGGUUAAAGGACACCGCGAUUAGGCAGCUUAUGAAUAGGCCUCCGGUAGGUAAAGCGUUGAAAGGGGCAGAGCCGCGUUUUUUCUUUUGUAUUUUUCGAGCAACCCGACAAGGAAAUCGUUCUCCGUUCGCCGAGGAUCGUUGGGUCGAGAGCAAUGACUCGCGUUCGCGAUUCACCGAUAUCGUUUAAGCGUACAGACAGUGGUGGCAUUUUAGUACAUCAGACAGCGCCGUAGCCAUGUUAUCGCGAAGAUCAAGACGAAGAAGAGUAUCGAAGAGAGAAAGAGACGCGAGUGGAUGUCGCUGGGACGAAAAGAAAUCGGUUGGUCGAGGCACGGAAAGAAAUUCGAACAAUUUUCUUUGGGUCGCAGGACACGCCGAGGUGUCUAUCUCGGGUCAAGAAAGUUUGGGUUUGGCUGCACUGGUGGAUCGGGAACGACCCGAGGGCACCGGAACCGCGAAAUUCACGGGGAACUCGAUGGUCGUUCCGAUCGACUCUGUUUCGAUCAUGUUGUCCCUUGUCUUGCCUGCCUCUCGCGUUCCCGAAUACCUCUGGUUUUCUUCCUCUUCUUCUUCUUCUUCUUCUUCUUCUUCUUCUUGUUUUGUUUUUGCAUUAUUUCUCUUUUUAAUUUCCGGACGGAAACCCUCGCGCCCGGAGACACGCGGAGGGUUUCCAGACGAAAUUUUCUCUCGUGAAUUGCGUGCGCUUUAAAAUGACGGCGGAUGGUAGGUACCCCCGUCCGACAUACCAAAUCCGUACUCUAUCGCGCGGUAUGCUGUUCGUUGUAAAUGUACCAAAGACAAUGUCGAUUAACUGACAAAUAAGUAGUUUAUUUAAUGAAAAAAAAAAAGGAAAAAAAAGAAAAGAAUGAUAUGAAAAAUGGAGAGCCGUGUGAGAGAGGAAUGCGCGCUCGCGCGUGCGGCGCUCUUUAUAAAGAGCGUGAAACGAUUAAAUGCGGGACAUAUAUAUAUAAAUAUAUAUAUAAAUAUAUAUAUUAUAUACGAAAGUUAUCUAUCCAAAGGAAGCUGCUAAAGUGUCAUUUAGCUAGACGAGAUUGAUCACUGGAUCCGCAAUGUUGCAUCGAAACAUUGUUAUUAUUUUUGUAAAGAAAACCAUGUACAUGUAUUAACUUAGCGUGCUCUGCGUAUGGAAGCUUACGAUAUGUUGAUUAUUAUUAUUAUUGCUAUUAUUAUUAUUAUUAUUAUUAUUAUUAUCUAUUUUUAUUAUUAUUAUCUAUUAUUAUGAUUAUGAUUAUUAUGAUUAUUAUUAUUAUUAUAUUGAAAGGAAUAAAAACUUGUAAUCUUGUUUCCCGAAA